GUAACACCUAGCCGGAGGCGCGAAGUGAGCGGUAGCUCCUCCCUCUGCUCGUGACGUCAGUGAGGCGGAAGGCGCGCACUGUCUGUGUGGCUGUGGCCGCAGCGCUCGGAGUCCCCACGUGCACGGUAGGUAUAUAAACAGAGCCGGUAGGUGCACGGGAGAGGGUUCAUUGGGCAUUUUAUGUUAAGUGAGCUGUCAGUGUCUGUAUUGGGAUUACAAUAUACAUUCAGCUUACAGUGGGAGAAAUACAGCAUGAUUUAUAUAAUACAUAGCGAGGUUUAUAUAAUAUAUAAUUUAUUUCCCCAUUAUUCUUUGUCACAGGCAUGGCCAGAAGAUGGUCACGCUGUAACCCUCUCAAAUACCUAUAUGUACUACUCAUUUAUUUAUUUAUGACUGGUAUUUAUAAAGCGCCAACAGAUUCCGCAGCGCUGUACAAUUAGCGGAGAACAUACGAUAUACACAGACAAAUACAAAAGGUGUUGGCCUAUACGCUUUUUUUUUUUUUUUUUACUAAUAAUAUAAGAUUGUAUAGAAAUAAUACAGGUUUAAAAAAAUAAAACAUCUCAUCUCACCCGUCGCCCCCCCCCCCCACUUCUUUCUUUUUCAUUUACUUAUACCAUUCUACUAUAGGAGAUUUUACACAGAGCUUCACGUGAUAUUAAGAGAAAACACUUAUUUAUUUUAAAUUAAGUUAAACAUCUUUUAGUUUAGGUAAUUGAUAAAAUAUAUAUAUAUAUAUAUAUACACUCCAACAAAUGAAUUCAAGGGUUGCACUCACGGUCUGAACGACGAAACUCUUAUUUUAUUCCAUAAGAAAGACGAACAAGAUCAACGUUUCGGUCCGCACAGGGACCUUCCUCAGGAUCAAAUGACAUAUAUAAAAAUAAAACAAAAGAAAGUAAUUUCAUGCCCACUUUAAAAGCAUACAUUUGUAAGAGUGAAAAUUUAUUUUUGUGUGUGUAUAUAUAUAUAUAUAUAUAUAUAUAUAUAUAUAUAUAUAUAUAUAUAUUUUUUUUUUGCUGGUACCUGCCUUGGCCAAUUGAAAUGAUUGCAAACCCCUCGUGAAUUCUGCCCUUACAGUUUGCAAGAGCACUUUACACUUCCACAUUUGUCCGUGGUAGUAUUGUCCAGGUUUAGUUGGCCUUAAUUAGCGAAGAGCGUGAUAUCUAUGAUUACAUUUCUGCCCUUGCAAUAUGAGAGCAUGAUAACAUCUCUUUGUACAUUAGCAGCAUUGUAAGUGCAUAUGAAUAUUUUCAUGUCGACAAUGGGCUUGAGUUUGUGUGUAAGAUUGAAUGCAGAAAUGUGUUUAAAGGUUAUGAUACUAAGAGAGUGUUCCCUUCAAUACAUCUUGGGCUGUGGAAAGUGAUAUGAAAUUAUUUGAAAGCAUUACAUUACAUAUAGAUGAGGUGUGGCAGGUCCAGAAAAGUCAGUAAACCUUUUAUGUAAAAAAACCCCAACAACUUAUUUUUGGCUUACCACGCUGCUUCGUUAUAUUGAACCUAAGAAGGUCAGCCUCUCUUGUUGGAAUCCCCUGAAUACAGCCAGGUUGAUUACCCCCUAAGAUCUGUACCGAGUAACUUCUGUGAUAGUCACACAAUGGGGAUUGACACAUGGUCAUAUCAUAGUCUGGUUAUAAAGCUACAGUGUUAGGAGAAGCAUUAUAUCCCUUAAAAGAACCACUCCAGGCACCAUGCCAAAUUUAUCUCAAUUAAGUUGUUAUGAUGCCUGUAGGUCCUGGGCAACUGAUUACCUUAAAGGUGUAACUCGUUUAUGCCUGAAAGUUGCAAAGAUGGCAUUAGUCUGCUCUAUCCAGCUCCUUCCAAUGAUGGUUUUAGGCUUCAAUACUGCAGGAAGCCUUGGACUGAGCACUGCUCAGAGUAUUGUGUCAAAACGCCAGCUGUCCUUUUAGAUAACUGAAUAAACCACUAUUAUACUGUUUAUGCUGAUUGCUGGAGGCUUAUUGUCUUUAUUUUAUUGGUCAUCCAUUGGAACAAGGAUCUGGCUGUCUGCACAGGAAAUUGGUGGAGUUUUUAUCACAAUGACUUACUUUAAUUGUGUUUCAAUAGGCUGAGUGUGUCAGCUGACGCUCUCAGCCCAUCAUUGGUUACCCCAAUCAUAAAUCUGUGUUGUGUACCUUUUCCACACAGUUUUAUGAAUGAAGAGCUAGUGAUAGCUGGCUGACAAUUCAGACUUUCUCAGACUAUUAUCGGUGCCCAAUCUGAGGCUUCAUGAUUAAGGCUCCUGACCAUCACGUGUGCUGUCUUUGGUAAAUGAUUUAACCUCUUAUGGUAAGAUGGCUUCUGGUGCCAUAACCGCUUCGUUGAGGUGAAGUUGUUAUGGUGCUCAGUGUCCCUUUAAUCUGUGUUGAAUGCUAUGACGUCACUUGGAUAUGUAGACAUUUCUUUUUCUGGAGCAAAUGUUUUCCUUUUGUUUUAGAUUGUAAGAUCAUUUGGGCAGGUCCCAUUUUACCUACUGUUCUAGUAUGUCAAUCAGCAUCAGCCGGCGGGGGAGACCUAAUAUGCAUGCACAUUCUCAUCUAUGCUUUCCUAUGCGGGAAAAUCUGACGCUGGAGGUCAUCAUGCAGAGUGUGAGGACGUCCAGGGUUAGAUAACGAUUUUCGAUUCCAGAAGCCCUCUGUUGCAAAAGGGACACAGCACCCAGAUCACUUAAAUGAGCUGAGGUGGUCUGGGUGCCUACAGUGUCCCUUUAAAGCAGACUUGUUGUCUUGUUGCAAAAAAAAAUUAAAUUCCAGAGCCCGGUUGGUAAAGGGUUAUUUGGGCAGUAAGUGUGCAGCAUUUACAUCUCCAACCCUCCCCACAUGAUCAAGUAAUAAAUAGAAAUGUUGGCAAGAUUUUGUGAUGCAGCAAUGGGUAAAAGAGCUAUGUUGACAAGUGUUAGGUGCGUCUCAUUGCUCAUCCUUGACAUUGUAUCGUGCGUCAUCAAUAGAAAUGUGCUCUAGAGAUUUAUUAUUCUCUUUCUAUUGAACUAAUGGCCACUCUUUGAAAUUGCUUUUACUUUAGAUACUGUUGGCAGGAAUGCGCAUAUAAUUGAAUCUUUAGAAUGCUGCAUUUUCCUUUAGACAUAAAAAAGGUGGGAAGAGCAGUAGGUUGCUAAGACACAAAUGCAAUGAUCUGUGUUUAUGUUUUGUUUUAUUUUUAAAACAUUUUAUUGGUAGUUUUCUGUAUUAACCGCAAAGACACCUACAGUAUAGCAAAUUAUUAAAGCAUUAUUAUGCAAUAACAUCUAAAAAGUACAAUCGUCCUAUAACAGGGGUAGGCCAACUAUGGCACGUGUGCCAUGCAUAGGACUCCAGGUGCUUUUGCACGACACUCGAGGGUGCUGGCCUAACAGGUGCUGGAACUUCAGAUAUCUGCUAGUGCAAAAAGGUUAUGAGGGACAAUCCUCAAUUUCUGGAUUACAGCACAUGUGAACAUAAAUUCACACUGGAGUAGAGCAGCCCACAGCAGCAAUUGCAGCUUCUUCCCUUGACCAGUACAUGGCCAGCCCAGUUCUCACUAGACCCUAGGGAAGCCACCCACACUGCAAGUUAUACACAGAGCUGCAGAAGAAGCCUCCCUUCAUACAAAAAAAUACAAACAAACACAAUACCACUGACAAUCCACAUACAUGCACAUAACCCCACAAACAGCCCUACACACACACACCCCAAACACAAUAUGACAUAGCAUCCACACGCACAAUUUUUCACAAACAGUCCCAAUACACAGUCCACAUUCAUAUGUAUACACAAUACCACAAACUACCCAUGAUCAUAUACAAUAUAGCAGCCCACAUACACACAAAUACAGCGCUACAAAACAACUGCAACACCCAUAAAUAAGACAAUAUGGCAAUAUACACAGCUCAAUUUUAAAAAAUAGGACUGGCACGCCAAGGGACUUAAACAUUUUUUUUGUCACAGUACUACUGAAAGGUUCCCUACCCCUGUCCUAUAAUAUAGCUUGCGGUGAAAAAAUAACACAUUAUACCAAAACACUAUCAGUCCUGUUUGAUAGUGUUAAUUCAAAUAAAGGGAUUCAAUGUCAAUCGCAGCAAAAUAUAAAUGAAACAAAUAACAAUAAUAUCAACUAGAUUAUAGCCUCAAAAUAUUGUACCUUUAGCUAACACAUGGGUCAGUAGUAAAUUUACUGAGUUAACAGCAGUAAGUUUAAUGUUUAGUAGGGGAGGAUUGAAGGUUUGUUUUUAGUUUCAAACGCUUUUAUUGUCACGAGUCAAGGAGAUAUAUAAAGCAAGACAGGUACAAAUAUCAAGUUUUAAAUAACAUAUUUGUGACUAAAGACUUUUAUACACCUUACAUUACAUUUUUGUUUAUAGCAUAAGUAAAAUAAAAAAAUAACAUCUUUAUCUAAAACCAACAAAAAACAAUGCUCUCGUUUAUGAAUCCUGACCUAUCAAACCCAUCUCUAUAACUGUAAAACACAAAAUGGUCAGUAGCUUCACAAGACAGUAACAAAGGUAUACAUUAGGGCAGGGGUUCCCAAUUUUUCCUGUGGAACCCUUUGACAUAGUGUAUCAACAUCGUGGGUGGAGCCUGACUCAGCGCCGAGGGACAUCGACGCUUGUUAGGCUGCAAAAUUUUACAGGGUCUGUAACCCUUUUAUGCUGCCAUGGACUUAUGCAGUAUCCCAUUCUGCUUUCCUUUGUCUCUAUGUAUGUUCACUGCCAUGUACAAUCAAUGCACACGCCAGUCAGAUAAAGUUCAAGAAAGUAGUAGCAUUUUUUUCAUGCGGGUACAUCGUAUAUGUAUAAAACACAGUUUUCUUGGGGUGUGUACAAUAAAAGGCAAAAUCAAACCAAUCAUAGCAUUUUUAGUGCAAACAGUAUUCCUAAAACAUUACCUAUUGCUGUAAGUCUACUGAGCCUGUCUAGCACUUCUUAUCUAAAUUAUUCAAGGUUACUGCUUGAGAAAGAAAAGGGAGCCAACUGCAAGAGAUUGCAGUCAGGGGAAAAAUAUUUCUUGCUUUUAACCCCUGCAGACAUGGAAAGACUUAACUAAGAAAAAAGGCUUUUAAAAACUCUUUAUUUACUUGCAUAUAUGACAAGUCCCCUUUUCUGGUACUGCAGGUGAAAGUUUAGGCAAAGUAUAUCUAGGUGUACUAAUUACACGUGUGGGACUUUAAUUAGCGCUUCACCUCUAUUCCCUCGCGCCCCCUCCCACCAACAAAGCAUCGAGGAAGACCUGUCCAGGUAUCUGUAGAUACAGGAUAAUAUAUGUUAUUAAAUUCAUGUCUUCUGUUAAGUGAUGCACAUGACAGUCUUUGAUUUAGGAACCCAAUAAAAAUUUUAGGUGCUUAGAGAGAAUGUUAUUUUUUCCAAGGGCAGGAUGUUUAUAUAGUAGAAGCUAGUGUCAGGCACUUGAACAGAAAAAUAUGGUAUGUUUAAAGAAUGUGAGUUUAACCCAUUCAAAGGAUGAGUAUCUUGUAUUAUAAUCAGGCCUACUGACCAUUCAGUCUUUCAAGCCAUGUAUAUAGUAUAUACUUUUAGCUAGUAUUAAGAAAUACAGAAGUAGAAAGCAGGACAUGAGACUGACAGACUGUAACAUAAUAUAAAUAUAUAUUAUGUGUAUAUAUAGCUCUGUAUGUCUAGAGGAAUAUUCACUAAGCAUUGCAUAGGUAUAACAAUUUAUUCUCCAUCAGCGCUGGAUUCAGGUAAGUGGCUAAAGAGUUUUUAACUUCUUUUGCCCCAUGAGGGGCCCAAAGGGAGGGGCGAAACUAUUAACCGUAUAGUGCCAAGAAAACGGCUUUGUUUUUCUUGCACUAUAGGAUCCCUUAAAGGGAUUAAUAUACAGCAAAUGUUUGGACAGUAAGUUAUUGUAAUUUUCAGUGUUCUUUGGCAAUUAGAAAAGAGAAUUAUCUCAUGCUGAUCUAGCAGUAUGUAAUAAGCUGCAAAUGUAUUAAGCAGCACAAGUUUUGUGCACGACAGAUUUCCAGUGAUAGACAUUACACGUGUCUAAAAUGCACAUUUUCUCUUACCUUAAGACAAGCAGGUGGGCUGUUACUUGCCGUGAGUUAAUUCCUGUCUGUUCUCUGACCUAUUUUCUUCUCCAUGUGAAUGGUUUCUCUUGUGUCUAUAAGCUUUCCUGUGCUUCUUCCCCAAGACACCUGAUAUCAAAAUAUAGGGACAUACUGGGUGGAGUUUGACUUCUUAGGUCAUCUGACUUGGCACCUUGAAAAUGAUUUUAGGUGUGAAAAAAGAUGUACUUAUAUUGAGAACCUAGCCCAACAUAUUUACUCCAAAUUGUCAAUGAGACAACGUUGUUUUAAAAAUCACAAGAUGGGGGGUGCUCAGUGAUCCCAAGUGCCAGUCUCCUAAAUGUAAUAUAGACAAAGAAGAGGACUUGCACACUAUAUCAAAUUUUGUGACAUUUAAAUGGAUACUAUAACCCUCGAUUGAUUGUAAAAAAAUAAAUCUUGGAAUCAAGCAUCAGGCCCUCCUUACGCCACAAGGUUUUUUUGUUUUUUUUCAAUAAACAGAUUUAUAUUUGUUUCUUCAGAACUAAAAUCUCACAUUCCCCUUAUUAAUAUUGUAAUCAGCUUCUGCACUUUUUCUAGUGCCAUAAAAUCCUUCUUUACAACAGGUGCUCAAAAUGGCACAACGUAAAGGGGUGAUUAAUUUGUUUUAAUGUUUUAUUUUUUUAUUUUUAUUUUUUUAAACUCGUUAUAGGGGUGAACUAUUUAUUUAAGGGACAUCAGGACUGUAGCAUUGGGAAUACAGAUAUGUAUACCUAACUCUACAGUGUUCCUAAGUGCGGACACCCCCGAGUUGUAUGAACAACUCAUAUGAAUAUUGGAUUCUCUCUUUUUUUUUAUUUUUAUUUUUUUUUUUUUUCUUCUCUACCUUGCUACUAAGCCACAUUGCUUUCAAUGUUUUGUUGUUUGUUUGUUUUUUUUUUUUAAAUUUAUAUUAUUUACCUGAUAGUAUAUACAGAAAAGUGUACAUUUCUAAUAUUUGUUUGAAGAUAAUGAAUAUUCAUUUAUCCUCAGUGUGUUUUUUUUUUUUUUUUCCUUUUUUACUUGAGUUUGAGUUCAUGCCAUUCUAUGAGUACUAAAGCUGCCCAUUUCCUAUUAAAAUGUAACAUGUUUAUUAUACCCGAUCUGUAUUUGUAUUUUUUAAAAUUUAUUUCAAAAUACACCGUAUUGUGCUCCCUUAAUUGACUGUUUAAAGUGACACUAUAGGCACCCAGAGCUCUUAAGCUCAUUGAAGACCUCCAGCGUCAGAUUUGAUUUAAUGCUUUCUCCUAGGGAGGUCUAAUGCGUGCGGCAUUUGCCAUGCAUGCGCAUUAGAGCCGACUCAUUGCGGGAUGGAGGAGGAGUUCGACCCAAUGCCGAGGGACAUUAUUAUUAACCCUUUAUUUACUGGGGGAGGUAGAGGAAGCGAUAGUGCCAGGAGUAUAGCUCCUAUCAAUUGUGAUGUGAAGGUGCCAUUUAACCGGUUCAUAAAUUACAUUUGACACCUACUACCUGCACUGAAUAUUUGUAGUUUACGGAUAGUUUUCUCUGCAGUUGUCUCUCAAGUCUGGGCGUAAAGAUCAUAGUUAAUAUCUUUGUACAGGGGAAUCUUCAGAUUUUCAGAAUAAAUUAUAAUGUGCACAGUCUUAUUUCUGCGAUGUACCCCAAUCUCUAUACCCAAGCCUGUUUUAUUUGUACUUUUGGCGACAAUUUGCUUUUCAUGUCUCUGUCUGUUAUGUAAUUCUUUACAAAAAACACUACAACAAAAAUCUUAUUAAAAAAACCCUACAUAUCAUUGGGCAUUUCUUUGGGCUGCACAGUGUGAAUAAUUAUCGCGGUCACGUGUUACAAAGGUUGAUCUGACGCAUGGGCUGUGAACAUUGCCUGACUGGACAGAAACCAAAAAUAAUAAAAUGCUAGUAAGCUGUUAUGACAUGAGCAAUGGCUCUGUUAUGCCUCUUUACAUUUAUUAAGCUUAUGUAGGGGUACAAUACAAAUACAUUCUUAUAGAAUUUUCUAAUUUAAAAUAGAAUGGUAAAAAAUUUUGUAAUAUCGGUUUGUUCUUUGGCUUUCUUCUAUUCUUUUGACUACGGCAAUUUUUCAAAGCUCAGCAUGUUGAUUGUCGCCUUUUUACUAAUUCUUUGCUUAAGAUUUUGUAUAAUAGGUUUUAAUACAGAUGUGUAAAUAAUUUUCUGUAUUUUGGUGUCAUCUAACAAAACAGAUGAAUUGUGUGUGUAUAUAAAAAAAAAAAAAUGGUGAUUUUGAUUAGAGCAGAACUUCUCAAAUCAAAACGAAUAGCCCACUGCGUUGUGAAAGUAUGAUUAUUUGCAAUAAAUGCAGCCAAAAGGUAGACUCUCUAGCUGUUGAAACUACACUUACCUACACUGCAAGCCUUAAAUUGACACUGUAAAACAGGGCUCGACAAAUCCCAGGUGCCAUAGGGACGAUUUGCCAGCUCUGCGGGGAAUAUUAGAUCCAGCUGCCCUAAGAAGGAUGGAGGCAGCCGGCAGAGGCAGCAUGGAGCCGGUGUCCCUGAGGCGGCUCCCGCGAGGGCAAUGUAGGCAGCGCGCGAGGGAGCAGUACUCUGCCUGUAGCUCCUCUCUGCUCUGUCGCGCUCUGUUUAAUGAUGCCAGGAGCCUAAAUAUGACAUCACCCUGGCCCCAGCAUUAUUCCAGAGAGGGCGAGGGAGCAGAGAGCAGCUACAAGCAGAGUACUGCUCCCUUGCACGCAGGAUGAGAGCAGCCCCACUGGAACUCCGGGAAAGACCCACUCAGCACUCCCAAAGGUAGAGAGGCUGAGUGGGUUUCAAUAAAAAAAAAAGUGUGUGUGUGUGUGUGUGUGUGUGUGCGAGAGAGAGAGCCUGACAGUGUGUGUUUGUCAGAGUGAGUGUGUGUAGGAGCCUGUCAGAAUGUGUGUGUGUGUGUGUGUGUGUGUGCGCAUGUCAUCCUGUCAGUGUGAGUGUCUGCGUUUAGGCACCUGCCCCCUCCGAUCGCAUGAGGAAGGUGUUUUACUAACCUUUUUACCUGCGACGUGCAAGUCCUACCUUCAUUGCUGAGAUUAUCAAUCUUUAUGAUCUCAGCUAAAUCAAUGCUUUUUCUUAGGAAAGCAUUGGGAGGAUUUUGUGAAUGCGCAGCAAAUGUGCCAAUCCGCAUCUCCUCAUAGAGAUUAAUGAAUCCUGAGGAACAUUCAUGACUAUUGUGUCCCUUUAGGAAUUGCAUUUUUCUCGUUGAAAACGACUGGCCCCUAACUUUUUUAGCUGGCUCCUUGAUUCCAAAUAAAUUUGUCAAGCCCUGCUGUUAAACACCAUAACCACUGCACCACACUGUAGUAGUGAUGGUAUCAUGAGUCCUCUGUAGCCAUACUUGGGUAAGCUGGCUAACCUUUUAUGAAAACUUUGACAGUAACCUGGGUUCAUCAGGCACCAGUCGACCACCCCCUCUUAAGGAAUGGUUAAGGUUCCUACUAUCAAAUUAGGUAUAUCAAUAUUAUCCUAUUUAGACAGAAUGGGUUCAACGAAAAGUGUUUGACUCUUAACCACGGGAUGAUACAGGGCACAUAUGGCAGCAUAACCACGACAGAUCGCUUUUCCUCUAAAGGGACAAUAAAUAUAUCAUAGGCCUGCCUUCUGAGCCACGUCCCCCUAUUCCACAAAAAGACUACUACUCCCUCUUCGUUAUUCUGUAUUAUUUCAAAUGUAUGGAAUGACUAAACAGAAAUCUUGCCAAACACCUACACCAAUGGCCUGCAAAGAGUAUUUUGUGUCUAAGUACUCCAGCAAAAGAUAGGGGUUUACAUUUUACAGUAAGUGCAAUAAAAAUUUAGACACAUGGUGCAUAGAAAUUCUAUGCUUGAGCUUUCAUUGGUUUAAGGUUAAAGCCUGUCUCUUAAUUAAGGAUUUACAGUGUAUUCAGACCCCAUCAUUUAUGUCACAUGUUAUAUUGCAGCUUUAUUCUAGGGAUCGACCGAUACCGAAAAUCUGUUAUUUUUCAGGCCGAUAACUUGCCGAUAUUCUAUGCAUUUACCAUUUUGAAAAAAAUAAACUAAAGGUAAAUGCACAAAAUAUACAAGCCACAUGCAGUGGAUGCAGUGUGUUUAGACAGUGGAGCUGUGUGUAUUUGUGUAGUGUGUAUAGUUAUUGCAGUGACUGUGUAGUGUGUGUUUGUGUAGUGUGUGGUGUGUAAAGGGAAUGCAGUGUGCGUAAAGUGAGUGCAGUGUAUAGUGUGUAUAGCGAAUGCAGUGUGUGUAGUGUGUGCAUUAUAUACACACUACAUUACAUAAUAUUAUAUAUACACACACAUUAUAUUAUAUACACUACAUUAUAUAUACACACACUACACUAUAUACACACACUACACACUCUGCAUUAUAUACAUACAUACACACACACUACAUUACAUUAUGUUAUACACACACUACACACUCUGCAUUAUAUACACACACUACACACACGCGGCUGUAGAAAAAUGUACUUUUUAAAAACGUAUUUAAGGGAGACGUGGAGAGGUGGCACCUAACCUGUUUUUUUAAACCCUCUAGGAUCAGGAAUACAUGUUUGUUUUCCUGACCCUAUGGUGUUCCUUUAAAAAAAAAAUUUCUUUCUCUCUACUCUCAAUAUAACAUUGACAAAGUAAAAAACAUUUUUCGAAAACUUUGUAAAUGUAUUAAAAAGUAAAAUCAUAUAUAUUACAGUUGAACACAGAGUGUUGUCCAUAAUUCAAAAAAAUGGAAGAAACAGGACUAUUCCUAGAGUUGGCUAUCAGACCAAACUGAGCAAUUGGGGGAGAAAGGCCUCAUUAAAUGGACACUCCACUGCCCAAAUACAAAAUAAUCACUGAAAAACAUCCAUGCAUUUAAUUAUGCAUUUUAUUAACUGGGGUUAUCUCUAAAAACAGCUUGCAAAAGCUGUAGAUCACUUGUCUGAAGCCUUUGUAAGCCCUCCGAUUCUUUCUUGAGUCUGGCUGUCCAAUCCCAGACUUCCCAGUGCAGUUCAAUGAGAAAACUUUGCAAGGCAAGUGCUUUAUAAUUUGCAAAUUUCUAUGGAAAUCUGCACUUUGUAAAAAAUAAAGAGCUAAAGUGUUCUGUGUGUGGAGUGGUCCUCUAAGGGGCCAAGAACUAGAUAGUCACUUUGGGUAAGCUCUAGAGAUGCUAUUUGGAGAUGGGACAAACCUGCCGAAGGACAACCAUUACUGCAACACUGCAUCGAACUGGCCUUUAUGGUAGACUGACCAGAUCGAAGCUUCUCCUCACUGCAGAACACAUGAAAGCCAACUUGGAAUAUGCAAAAAAAAAAAAAAAGCACCCCAAGUACUGUUUUUUUUUUUUUUUCUUCAAACCAGCGAAUCUUGUUUCUCACAAAGAUGGAACUUUUUCACCUCAACUCAGUCAUGUCUGGUGGUAACCAUUCACCACCCAUAUCCAAUAAAAUAAACCCUACCUACCCCCCACACCCUAAAAGUAGUGAGAGGGCCAAAAAAACUAGAUACCUGUAAAUAAAAAAAAUCAUACCUAACAUUAGAUGUCUUCUUUUUUCUAAAAUAUUCUUUUUUUCAGCCCUAAAAAAGUUAAAAACAAAUCCAUAAUUCCCGUCGAACUUAGAAGAAGAAAAAAAAAAUGCGCCCAAAAAAAUGCUAAAAAUGAUAAUCCAUGUUCACCCAGCAGGGCACAGCGCAGACUGAGCUCCGCAGGGCGGGUAAAGCUUCCCACGCCCUGCAAUUUGACUCAGAGUGCUAUGAUAGAUCAAUCUUGAGCCUUGACUGAUUGGUAACUUUCAAGGCUUAAAUUUACAUUUUAGAGCACUCUUGUUGGUUGGUUUAAACCAAGCAAUCAGAGCGCUCUGACUCAAAUUGUAGGGUGUGGGAAGGCUUUAUAAGCCUUUCCUGCCCUGCGGCGCUCAGUCUGCGCAGUGCCCUUGCUGGGUAAAGAUGGAUAAUUUUUUGGAUGUACUUUUUAUUUAUUUAUUUUUCACCGCUCUGUUUUUUGUUUGUUUGGUUUUUUUUAUUUACAAAGUUUGACAUGAAAUGUGGCUUUUUAUUUGGCCUUUUUUGGGGCUGAAAAAAGGUUUAAGAAUAAAAGAACACAUCUAAUGGUAAGUAAUCUUUUUUUUUUUUUGACAGGUAUUUAAUUCCCCCCCCCCCACUAUUUUUAGGGUGAGUGGGUAGGUAGGGUUUACUUUAUUGGGGUGAGGAGGUGACUAGAGGCUUGGGGAUCCCUACUCACCAGUCACAAUAGGUCACCUCCUUUUGUUACUUAGGACCCCCACACAAAGCUCAUGGGUGGGAGCCGGGACAGAAGACAAUAGGUCCUGAAGAUCGUCCUACCACGAAUGGACAAACUGUUUGUUCUCAUUCUGUUAGGACAAAAUGUGGUAGUUUUGCCGGUGUCCUGUCUAAAUGACUGGACGUUCAGGAAUAGAGAAAGGAGGCAACGCGAGAUCACAGGGGAAAGGGUGACUAUUGUGGGAAAAUUUCUUUGACCCACAGGAAGUAGGUCAAAGCUGGUCAAGUAUAGGAAAAAUACAUAAGACAAAGUAGUCAUUACUUUGUCUUAUGUUUUAAAGAAAACUAGAUCAGUUGAAAAAAAGUGAAGUACAGAUCCUGAGAGAAGUAUAGAAGAGGAAGCGAUUGGGGAAAGGUAAGUUUGGCAUGACAGUGCUGCUUUAAAGAUUCUAUCAAGCGGAUCUGUAACUGCCUGGGGUCAUUGCAUAAAUUGCAAAGAUACCCUACUGUGACGUUUCUGCUUUGGGUCCUAUGAGUGGGGUGGGGGCGCAAAGGUGAGAUUUCCUUACCUGAACCUGCCCUCUCAGGCGCCGCCAUCCUCUUCCUGCUCCUUUUGUUCAGCUCCUGGUGCUUCAGCGGCUAGGAAUCGAUGUCAGUGCUGUACUCUCGCACAUGUGUAAGAGUACACCAUUGAAGUUCUUGAAGGACCUCAGUGCUAUAGAAAACGCUUAAUUUCCUUAUAGCCGUCCCUGUACUGGCUUGAUGCUGGUAGUGUUGAGCUUUGAAAAAAUUCGAAGACAAAGUAGUUCCUGUUUUGUCUCCGUAUAUCUUUUGAAUAUUGAGAAUUGUGGCUCAGUAUAGCGUAAAGUGAAAUUCCAUCAAAGUCAAUCUGAAUAUUUCAUAAAGAUUCUAUCUUUAUGAAAUACUAAUUUUGGAUGCUUUGUCAUUAUUAGGCAUUGUGUGUAAAUUGAUGUGAAAACAAAAAUAAUUUAAAAAUGGAAGCAUAAAGCUGCAAGAAAACAAAUGAAAGGGUCUGAAUACUUUAUGAAUGCACUGUACACCUGCUUAUGUCAUGUAAAAAUAUUGUCACCUCUUUACUGUUCUUCUAAAAUGAACACUCUAAAUUAGUGCAUGUACUGAAUCUUAACUGAACUUCAUUUUUAAGGUUUUAUCGAGAUGAUGGAUCCUCUGGAAAAUGACCUCUUUGACCUUCCAGAUUAUGAGCAUACAGAAGAUGAGCGUUUUCCUCCACUUCCUCCCCCACUUUCUCCAGGUGCAGAAAACGGUGAUCUGGAAAAUGGAGGUAAUGCAAAGAAAAUUGCUGUUAGCCUACCCACACAUGUCUUACCCUAUUUUUGUGCCAGGAUGGAUGCAUUUAGAUGGAUAAUGCAGACGUGUAACUUCCUCAGCAGUUAUACUCCGGAUUCAGACUUUGAGUGGUUUGAGAAAACGCUGUGGUUGCUUCUUUUGGUCUUGCGUGUAGUCUGCUUAUCACCCGAGAGAUGCUGGAGUCCCUUUUACUAAUCUAGACAAUACAUCUUGAACUGAUUAGUGUAGACUUAAAUGUGGUCCACAGUUCAGUUAGAUGCUUGUGAAUUACAAAGUUAUUCACUUAAAUGUAAAUUCAAAGUAAAUUUCAAUUUUAAAGCCAAAAUGUCCGAACUGGAAAAAUUAUUUUAAGUCGCCAGUGCUUUUCAUUUAGCUGCUCUGGCCUUAUAGUUAGAAUUCACUUUGAAUUCUUACUUCAGUGAAUAACCCUUCCUACGGACUCUAGUAUAUAGGUCCUCUAUAUGACUCUGUGACAAGUAAGAGAACUGUUCUGGGGUGCUGACUUGUUCCACUAAAUAAAAUAAAAUUAUAACAGCAAUUGUAGAAAGUACAGCAAAGUAGGAAGUAAAUAUUGGUUGUGUUCUGUUAUGGCAUGGAAACAUCUGCCUGGAGAAAAACAUCUAUGAUUUGAAAUAAGCACCAGCUGGUUAGUCUGCUGGAAUGUAAAGUAUGAAACUUAAUGUUACUUGUUUUAAUUCAGGUAAGCAUUAUAUAUACCCUAGGCAUGCAUUUUCUUUGUUAACCUUUCAGUAUGUCUCCAUGUUAUCCCUGAACAUUCCAGGCCUCACUUUUAAUGGAAAUACUAACUUCAAGUGUGUAGUUUCUGUAGCGAAGCUCCAAUAUUCAGCAUAAAUAUUUCCGCUGUAUAAUCCUUGUAGCUGAGGAAGCAAUAAAAUAUCCAAGGCAAAAUCCCCCCAGUAACUGGACGACACACGGUUCUGGGAGUCAACUGAUUUUUAUUCAGCCACAGCUGGCUUUUAUGCAACUCCCCAAGCAAGGGGUUUCUUAAAUAAAUCAUAUUCCAGGGGCAUUUCCCCAAUGGACCUGGGAGGGGACAAGUUAACAUUUCCCACACUCAUCCUCUGUGCCUGAGAGAUAAUUGCGUAAGAACAACUCUUUAAUUCAAUUAUCUCUCAGGUACAGAAAAUAUACAAUAUUUGCAAACAUCAUAAAACACAUCUGAAUAUUUCAGAACCCCAUGAAAGUCACCUCACCGAAUAGCUGGGAUCUGAGCGCCCACUUUGUCAAAAUAUCACUCAGAUCUAUUCGGUGGUUCGGGAACGCCAUUUGAGUGAAGUUUUGAGUGGUCGGCCAGGAAGUGAAGCCCCAAAACAGUUCCAGAGAAAUUUAGACUCGACCGGUCUUCUUUCUGGGGUUUUCGCACGAAUGCCGACGAAGGCUCCCCCUGGCUGCUAGCAUACGAAUGUUCCACCUGCUCAGUACUCCUACUGGUUCGGGAAGUUGGAUUGGCAGCGUUAUCAGUUUACCGGGUGUUCGCGGGGUAGAGUAGCUGAGAUUAGUUCCAAAAAUUACCCCUGCUUAACUCUCAUGGCCUGCGUGCCGCAGGACUCGUGAGAUUUAGACAGGGGAGCUGAAGUGAGUUGCUGGGAAGGUAAGUAAGUGUGUUCUGGGCCCCCCAGGACCCUGAUUGCGGCCCUGGUCUGCAUUAUUGGCAAUAUUGGUAUCUUUAUUGGCCGAUACCGAUAUUGCUGAAAAUACAGAAUAUCGGCUGAUAAUAUCGACCAGACCGAUAAUCGGUCGACCCCUAAUAUACAAAAUGUAUAGGUUCCUUUUUGAAAUGGCACAAGUGAACACAUAACCUGUUGGAGACCUGAGAGUGAACUAACCAAAGAGCAAGCUAAUUGAUGUUCUGUUUAUUAUCAGUGUUUUCCAUUUUUGGUAUUUUCAUAAUGUUGUAUUGUCUUGUGUCUUUAGAUGACUGGACACAGAACAUUGGUCAGACACAGAAAGAAGAGGAGCCUAAACCAACGAGGAGGGCUUCUAAAAGACCUCAGCCUAAACUGGAUGCCAAUAGGUAGGUACUCUUUGUUGCGGUUCAUUUAGGAACAGUUAAUGGGGGUCGGGAGUUAAUAUCGCACAUGCUGCUAACAUACAUUUGCAAUUGGUGACUCCCUUCAAUUUUAGCUGCUUGGGGCACCAUAUUAUGGACUUGCUAUCAAUCAGCAUUGAUUUUUAUUUGUUUGUUUUGAUGUCCUGUUUAAAUGUACAAAAUGAGCUGUCCCUUAAAUCUAUUCAGGAGAUGAACCUGGGUUCAGACGAUUCGUGUCAGUACUCGGGUAAAACUGAGCAUAAUUUUCAUUCUAGAUCUUAUUGCCUUCCUUGACUAUUACAGGCUGACCUCUCAGCGUGGCCUCCCAGCUCUGCGGAAUCUGUUCGAUGGGGUAAAGUUCAAAGGUAAAGGUCAUGAGGUAAGUUGCAGUGCAUCAGAGUAUGUUGAAAAGGAGUACACAAUGCUAUUCACAUUGCCAAAAAAGCAAAUGUGGCUAGCUGUGUAUCCUGGAAAUAUAUCAUAGUCUAGAAGGAAUAUACGUAUAUAUGAAUACAAAGGGUGGAGGUAUCCCAAUAUAGUGUAAAAAAACUAAAGAGGAUAAAAAGGAAAAAGUUCCAUAAACAUUAAUCUGUGAUUAUCACGAAUAUAAUCUUGAGCAGCAGAUAGCUAAAUUCAAGCUUUGUGUCUGGCUCUUAAAGGCUUCUGCAAUGCUAUGCUAUCAUAUUAAAUGUAAUAUAUCAUUCAGAGAUAAUAAAUAGGACUACCACUUUAAGUGCAACCUCCAAUAGAGCAAAUCUACUUCAUGUCAUUAAAUCACUCUUACCUGUCAUCAAGUGCCAGCUAGAAAGAAAUAUCCAUAAAGGUUAAUAAAUAAUAAUGCGAAUAAAGAAACCAAGUAUGUACAUAAUUCAUAUAAUAUAAAAGUGAAUUAAGAGGUGUAAGUAUAUAGAUUACAUGUGAUGCAUCAUCUCAAAACUUGCCUCUAAUAGUACAAAUAGUACCUUGCAUCACUAGAUGAUGCCUAAUUAUAUGAAAUCCUUAGAUACUAACAAAAAUAUAUAUAAAUAAUAGUACAAAAUAAGGUAUAUACAGACAUACAGCCUGAUUAGAAGUAGAUUAGGAGGUAUAGAAGGUAGAUACCAUGAUGCUUAGAAUGGUCAUGACAUAUCUACGUAUACAGUAUAGAGCGGUUCUAGUGAGGAGAGUAGAGGAGACAGUUAAUAGUGUAUACUGCAAAUACACCUAACGGUCUCUAUAAUGAGAGGUCCCUCACUUACUCUUAAUAACCCUUAGACUGAUAGUGGUAAGUCAAUGGAACUUUAAUUCUACCUAAAUAAAACAGUGAAACAAUUCAAGUGCUAUAUUCAAUAUGUGUUGUCCAUAAAGGAAAGAAAAAGAAGAAACGCGUGACGCGCGUUUCGAUGCUAUCUAAUGAAGCCCCUUGUCAGAGGCAAACGAGCUAAUGCUCAAAGGAUCGCUUAUAUAUAUAUACUCUGUCUGCCAGACCCUCUUUCGUGAUUCCUCCAAUAGGAGCCAUGUAUUUUCAGAGGUGUGUCUAUCCUUCACCGGGUGCGUAUUGUAGGCAGGACUAGUGUGAUGACAAUUUAAGUGGGCGGUGUCGGAAUAAUGUGUGUUACCAGCUCAGCCCAAGUUCUACAUUGUGUCCCGAUUAACAAAAGGCUUUAUGCUCCCCCUAUUCAAAUAAAGACCAAGUGUCGGUCAGUAUUGGAAACAUAACUUUUCAUGCAUAUAAAACUCGUUUAGGAGAUUCAUAGGAUGAGGGGGUAUUAAAUGUCCUUAGUUGGGUUCUGUAUAACCCCUUUAUCCAAAAGGAUAGAUACAUUGUCAUUUCGUCCAAAUUAUGUCACCUACCAUAAAUUAUGGGAAAUACUUGCAUAUAAAUAAAUAAAAUCAUCUUUACAUGUAUCAGUCAUGUAUCCAAUCUCAACAAUAUAGUAACAUUGUCUGUAAAAAAAUAAACAGUAUUGCCAUCUUAAAAAACGGGAACACACUCCUCAACAUGAAAAAAACCAUUCUAGGGGAGUCUAUAUUCUAUAAUAGUAUAAAGAGAAACGAAUUACAGAUAUGUGAAGAAUUACUUAAAGGGGUAGCCCCAAAAUAAAUACCUGUCUUAGUCAAAUGAAAACUACUAGAACUACUUCACAUUAUAUACAGGUGUAUCAUGAAAUAAAAAAUAAAAAACAAUACCCAAAUGAUUAAUAAAGAAAAGAAAAUCGUUACAAAUAAUAUUAAUCAGAGAUGAAUGGUGUAAAUGAGAAACCCUCGUUGAGGCCCAUGGGAGAAAGGGUUUUUAAUUUAUAAAUCCAUAGACUUUCUCUUUGUAAUAAUUUUUUAUCAAGAUCACCUCCUCUUGGGCCAAGUGUGACUCGCUCUAUGCCACAAAAGCAUAUAUCAUCAGCAGAUCCCAAAUGAUGGAGUUUAAGAUGUUUUGAGUAUCCACCAAUCUCCUUGGGUUGACAGAAAGGACAUGUUCACGGAUCCUUUGUUUAAAUGCGCGGAUCGUUUUGCCAAAAUAAAUUUUUUUACAUGAACAUGUCAAUAUAUCAAGCCCUUGGACUGGCAAUUAAAAAAGGUUUUGAUAUUGAAAACCUGUGAAUUUGUCAAAUACGAUAUCUUUCAAGAGGGGCGAAGGAUAAAUUAGCAUGCUUUGCAUUUUUCGCAUUGAUAUGUGCCAGAUACAGGAGAUUUAAGCCAUGUGGAUUUGUUGGGAAGCGUUCGUAGGUGACUUGGAACCAACCUGUCUUUAAUAUUCUUGCCUCUUCUGGCUGUUACUGAAGCAUGUGAUGUUAUAACAUUCUGUAAGUGAUGAUUUUGUAAUAGGAGUGGCUAGUAUCUAUUGAGAAUUUUAAGCAUGGGGUGCCAACUGGCAUCGAAAUUCCCUAUGCAUCUUAUCGUCUGCGUAGAGUCUCUAAUAUGAUUAUCAACCAGGAGGUCUUUCCUAUCUGUCAUUAGGGCACGUUGGUAUGCGUUUUUCAAGCAUCUAUUUGGAUAUCCCUUACUUCUAAAUUGUUCUUUUAAAACCUUUGCUUUGCUCUUAAAAUCUUCAAUUGUAGAGCAAUUGCGGCGUAACCGUAAAUAUUGACCCACUGGUAUUCCCCUCUUAAGGGGUAGUGGGUGGUAACAUUUCCAAUUUAAAAGAUUGUUCGUUGCGGUUGGUUUUCUAUACAAGGUAGUGGUCACAUUUCCUUGCUCAGUAAUCAUGAUGGAUAUAUCCAAAAAGGUAAUGGCUUUGCCACCAAUUUCAUAGGUUAAUUUCAAGUUAAUGUCAUUAUUGUUCAGGACAUUGACAAAUUCCUUGAAAAGUUCGGUAGUACUAUUCGAAACUAUAACUAUAUCGUUGAUAUAGUGCUUCCAAAUAUUCACAUAUUCAGUAUAUUUAACAAGUUGGGGACUGAACACUAUUGUCUUCUCCCACCACCCCAGGUGGAGGUUGGCAUAUGAGGGCACACAAGCCGUCCCCAUAGCCGUCCCUCUCACCUGGUGGUAGUACUUGCCCUGAAAGAUUAAGUAAUUAUGUGUUAAUAUAAACCGCAUUAAAUCUUGUAUAAAAUGAUUGUGCCUUUCAGAAGAGGUGUAGGUGUUAUCAACGUAGGCUUUAAGGUGUGUCAGGCCUACCUCGUGUGGAAUGGAGCUAUAUAAGCUCUCCACAUGCAGGCUGCACAAUAUCGUGUUUUCAGGAAAUGUCAUUCCAUCUAGAACAUUCAGGGUGUGUUUCGUGUCCCUUAAACAUGAUGGUAAAUUGGUGACAAUUUUCCGAAUAAUCUUAUCAACAUGCACACUCACGUUCUGAGUUAAAUUUAAAUUACCAGAGACAAUAGGUCUACCACUCAGAGUUGGCUGUUGCUUAUGUACCUUAGGUAAAGAAUAGAAUGUUGCAGUCACCGGAUUUUUAAUGUACAUAAAUGAAUAUUCGUCGUGAUAAAUUAGUGACAGAGACAGUGCCUCAUUAAGAAUAGUUUUUAGUUCAGAUAGGUAUCCUUGUCUUGGAGUAUCCUAUGUGCCAUGGAUACAUAGUCGUUCCUAUCAAGAACUACUAUGUUUCCACCCUUAUCUGAGGGUUUAUUUCCUCCAUUUCCUGUAGAUAUUUAAGUGAUUUUUGCUCUUGAGUAUUACUGUAAGGGCAUAUUUCCAAAUCUUUUUUUUCAUCUUUUAUAAGGUGGAAUUUAAGUAGAGCUGAUUUUCUUGCAGAGAGGUGGAGGUCCUUUGUCCAAUUGAAUUUAUUAAACUCAGGAACCGGAACAAAGGACAAAGCACGUUUUAAUAGCUGGGUUUCAGACUCAGAUUGUAUGUUGAGAGGUUAAUGAUCUGAUUCGAGUCUAGUAUCUUCUCCUUCGAAAAGUGUGUGUGGGUCUGGAUCGACUGCGUGUCUGCGUGUAUUCUUUCUCUUCAACUUGUAGUUUUGUCAUGAUUUCAUAGUUAGUUUUUUGUGUUUUUGUUUAUUUUCUAGGAAACCCAUUGAGAGAUGUAACUUAUGAUCCACUUACGUAUGCUUUGACUAAACACACAAAACAAAUACUAUAUUUUUUUUGUUUUUCCUUGUUGUCUGAAAGGCAGAAGACCUAAAAACUCUUUUAAGACAUAUGGAGAAUUGGGCACACAGACUUUUUCCAAAGCUGCGAUUUGAGGACUUUCUCAACCGUCUGGAAACUUUAGGGGGAAAGAAGGAAGUACAGGUGAAUACCUUAUUGUGUCAUUGGAAGGAAUUGUAGGAGUUAGAACUGUGUGUGUGUGUAUGUGUAUGUAUGUAUAUGUAUAUGUAUAUAUAUAUAUGUAUAUAUAUAUAUAUAUAUAUAUAUAUAUAUAUAUAUUUUUUUUUUUUUUUCUCUCUCUCUCUCUCUCUCUCUCCCCCCCUCUCCCAUUCCCUCUCUCCCUCCCUCAAGAGUAUCUUAAAGCCUUUUUGUAUUUUGUUGCUUACCCCUCUGUUUUCAGCAUUUAAUAUUGUGUUGGAGAAAUGAUUCCAUGUUUUACAUCAAACAGUGGCCUACUUAUAAUUUAAUGGACACAUCAGUUGGCAGGUUAACCCCUUUACAUAUGGAGAUAAUGCAUGAACAAUAUACACCUAAAAAUAAAAAAUAUAUUUACCGCCUUAUCUGCAAAUCUGUAGCUUCUGCAGGAAAAAUGAAGUGGCUAAGUAUUUACGAUCCUGGCAUCUCCUUUAAAAAAAAUAAAAAAAAAUUGUACACAGCAGAUAUAAGUAACAAAACUCGAAGAGAGCUGUAUGAAAUUUGAAUGUCAAUUCUGACAUCGAACUAUUUCUCAGUUUUCCCAAGAAGUAUUAGUUUUGUUAUGUCAUGUUUUAUGUAUGCCUCCAUACAAAAUCUUGAUUUACAUUAAAGCAGACAGAAUUUCCAACAGAUUUAUAUUUUUACCCAACCAACUGAUCGCAAGUUUAAGUCUUAUUAAAACACGAGGAUCUGACAACUGAAUUUUGAGAACCGAGAUACAUGUGAAAAGGCACAGACAGGAUGUGUCAUGUAUGCCCUAAUUCAGCUUAAUUCCUUUUUUUAUUGAUGCCCAUAAUGUCAUCAGUUAGUGCGUGCACAGCCCUCCUUUUUUAUUUACUUAUUUUUUAAUCACAAUCUUAUUCUGUACUGAACAAAUUAUAAUAGCCUAUGGAAGUUUGCAUGUUCUGUUCACAAACGGAGGCCCAUUUUAAUUAAAUAUUGGCAAAUUCACAAGCAGGCUGACAAAAAUGAUGGAAUUAGUUUUUCUACAUUCUGCUCUCUUUACCAGUGUAUAUAAAAUGCCCCAUAUGGAAAUGUAACAUCUCCUCUAACCUUUUUUUUUUUUUUUUCUUUCUUUCAACUCCAGACUUGUUUAAAGAGAAUUCGUAUGGACAUGCCCAUUGUACACGAUGAUUUCAUAAGUGAAGAUGGUACUUUCUCAUUUAGUGUUUUUUUUUUUUAUUAUUUAUUUAUUUUUUUUAUAUUACCUUUCUUUGAGGAAAAAUAAAAAUAAGAAUAUACAGUUGAGUAUGUGUUGUUAUUGAUUGGUAGCAGAAACCUAUUGUAGAUUUGUGUGUAGUAGUUUCAUUACUUGGGUCUUUGCCAUACAAUGCAUGCAAUUCUGAGUUUGACAUCUGUCCCUUUUCAAACCUUGUGGCAACCUUGUAAUUGUUGCAUCAAUCAGCCAUUUAAUGUGACUUUAAGGCUGCCACGUAUAUAAAGUGGUUCCUGCCGACAGGACCUGUCCAGAUAUCAGGCUUCCUGUGCGAUGGCUCCAAACAAAUGUAUUUUAACUUGUUCUGAUUUGCUCUGAGGCAGUGUUGUAUUGAAAGUAUUUUUCACAGAACUUUUUGUUUUGCUAGUUGUAGUGCAGAUGGAAGAUAAUAUGGAUUUGCCCUCUGAUGACUUUGAUGCCCUCCCAGUAUCAUCACUACCACCUGUGACACAAAAGAGCACAGUUGAUCUGAGUGAGGAAACACGGAAAAGGAUCGAGAGGAACAGACUCUUGGCUUUAGAGAGAAGAAUGGCCAAGAUGCAAGCUGAAGCAGAAAGUCAAGGUAUUAAUUCGAUACAUCAAAUUAGUAAUUUCAGCUUUUUUUUUUUUUUUCUUCCUGUUCUGAAAUGUGAUGUAUUUAUAAAAACUCCCAAAAUCACAUAUGAUGGCCAAAGAGCUGUCAUCAUUUUCAUUAAUUUUCAAGAAAUUCCAAAUGUAAAUGAAUGUUUGAAGAUUUGUCAGUUAUCACUCCCCAAUCCUCACUGCAAAUGUUCUUUAGGGACAGUCCCCCAGCUUCAAAGGCAAUCAAUUAUUACAGAUAUUAAGAUCCUUUCUCAGCACUGACUCUGCUUUAGUUAAAAUCCAUCUUUAGUAGUUUUAAAAAAAAAUUCCAAUCUGAAAAAUCCAAAUUAGGAAGGGGGCAGUAAUGGUUGUAACAACUAAUAUUAGGAGAGCGAGAUGAAGUGGGGAACAGAUGAAGAUCAAUACGAUUUGUGCAUCCAACAUGUAUAUGUUGGAUGCAUGGUUUGCAUUAAUCUUCAGCUGUUCCCCACUAGUUGCAGUCUGCUGAUGUGAUAUUUUUUGCUGCAUUAAUUUUGGAUUUUUGCACACUGUAAUGAAAUCCUGCAAAAAGGCUUGCUGACUGACCUCUAGACACAGACUAUGACGUCUAUGAAGACCGAUUCCCCUUAAUAUGCAAAGAACAAGCGAGAUCUAUUGGGUCUCUAAAGUUAAUAUUAGCAGGAAAAUAGGUUUUCGCAUAAAAGGUUAAACCCUAUAGGCAACUUGCCUUACCUUGGAUAUAGGUUUUCAGUUACUGACUGGGCUGGAAGCACCCUGUUACUAUGGCCUAUAAGAAGAAUACUCUGCCAUACCUAAUAUAUAGUGCCAGGGGAUGCCUGGAUACCACUUGCAUUAAGUGUACCCUGUAACUGAUCACCUGUUACCCCGACAGGGUACCUCCAUUGAAGGAUGCUCCAAGCACUCCGCCAGACACCACAACCACCGCAGACCCCACGAACCGCCGCAGCUUGGUUGGGGUCUCGCCGUCUCCUACCCACCCUGGACCUACGACAAGGCUCCAGGUUCCAGUGGGUGAACCUCUCCUCUAAGAGAGUGAAACAGGAACAAGCUCUUAAAAGAGCUUAGUAGUGAUUAUCCAAGGGAGCAUGCAGAGCAUAGCAAUCCCUUGUAGUGAUAUAGCAAUUCCCCCAAUAAGAGACAGGACUCUAGAUUGAGGGUGAAGAAGAAGUCUCUGUACUGGCACAUACAGCCUCUUUUAUUCACAUUCUACAAACAUAGUACUGCCCACGGGGUUUUGAAGCACAACCAAUCAACACAUUAUAACACAGCUAACACUCCCAUUCAUUACAUCAGAAAUCCUCCCCUCUGCCUGUGAUACAAUUAUCUCAACACAAUAGACUAACUUAAUUAUCACAGUCAGGAAAAUACAGUAUUAUAAAACAUAUCACAGGGACCCCAAAACAUGCAAUAAUAAUCGGAACCGGGGGAUCUGGGUGAACCACAUAUCCAAAAUUCACCCAGGUCCGUUCAGUAGUUUGGAAGAUACGGUUUAAUGCAGAUUCCGCAGAACAUAUACAGGCUAUAUGAAAAAUAAUUACUGUUAAAUGUGUCCCCUGUCCUAUAGUUUCAAACUACGGCACGAUGUCUUUGUGCACCAAAUACCGGCGAGAUGGCACCAUGUAGAAAAGUCCAAACCGUGUCUGUGAGUCAAAAUGGCCGUCAUCCAUUGUUCUCACCAUGUGCCUCUGAUACAUGAAAUGGUGGCCACCCAGUAACUCCACAGUAUGUCCCCAGAUGGUUCUUAAAGGGCCAGCAGCAGCAUAAUAAAAUACAAUAUGCCCAAAUCAGUUCCUUAAAGGGCAAUACAUCCCAGGGCCAUAGUCGCAGGGCAGGAGGCUGGCAAACAGGCCCCUCCAAAAACCAGUGGCGAGGUCACUUUCGCCACAUACCCCAAAUACAUUUAAAGGGACACUAUAGUCACCAGAACAGCUACAGCUUAUUGAAUUUGUUCUGGUGAUUAUAAUCAUUACCUUCAGGCUUUUUGCUGUAAACACUGUCUUUUCAGCCUAGUGAUAACUGGACGCUGCUCCCCAUUUCCACUGCAGCUUUAAGAGAAGAGAAAGUUGUCUGUGAGAGUUAAGCCCCGCAGUACAGGGUUUAGCUUAUUGGCUGAGAGAGAUCAGCUGAAACUUUCAGCCAGUCCUUUAGCCCUGAUGGAAACUUGCAGCGCUCUCCUUUAGUUGUAUUGGGAGUGGUGACUAGUUCUAAAAACUGUCUGGCUACCUAAAAUAUCAGGGAGUGGGGAGGGGUUCCAGGACAGCUUGAGGGAUGUGGUUAUGGUGCUUGAAGUGUUCUACUAAGAUCUUAGUUGAUCAUGAGACUGUGGCAAUAACUCUUGAUUUUAUAUGAUGGGACAGACAGUCAAAAUGAAUGUACCACUGAUUUGUAUUUGCUCUGUCUGAUCUAUUACAACUCUUCCUGUUACUAUUUUAUACACUAAUCAUUCUGUAUUUGGUUUUUCUGUUUACAGCUACUGCUUCAGUCCUGUCCCAGACAAUGCCUUCUGAUACAGAGGAAAUUCCAGAUGAUUUUGAUGAUUUGCUUGAGGAUUUAGAUAAAAAAGAGGAAAUCACUGAGCCCCAUCAAGAGACGGAACCUAUAGCUAGCCCUGGAGAACCGGAACUAGUUCCAGAUCACACUCUUAGUCCAAAGCAUGAGGCACCUACUGACCCAAUCUUCCAAGCAGAAAACUUAGAUUGAUGUUUAUAAUUAUUAUAAAACUGUAUAUAGUCUUGUACUUAUUCAAUAAACUAUUUUUUUUCUCAUAAAA